GAAGUGCACUAGUUGGCUCAAGUAUCCAACACAGGACAGGGACGACUGAGGAACCAUGAGAGGAGUCAGGCUCCUUUUAGAAUGGGCGCUACCAUGGCUCAUUCUAAGUCUUGGACUAUCUGCAGUCUCCUCUGUACAAGUUCAAAAAGUGGGAGAAAUGGCAGUGAUUAAAGAAGUGAGAGGUUCCCACAUCAACCAGUUCUGCAGCACAUGGGGGAACUUCCUUUACAAGACUUUUGAUGGGGCUUUCUUCCACCUUCCCUCCACCUGUAACUACAUCUUUACAUCCCAGUGUAAGGGCAGCUAUGAGAGUUUCAAUAUUCAGCUCCAGCGACAGGAAGUGGACGGGGAAGUCUCCAUCACCAGAAUUCUGAUGAAACUGAAUGGGAUUGUGGUGGAGUUUGCCAACACUUCGGUUAUGGUCAUGAAUAAACCUGUCUCCAUACCAUUCAGUGAGGGUGGCAUUUCAAUUGAGGAAACCAUGUCCUAUAUUAAAGUUGAGGCUAAGUUGGGACUGACAUUCAUGUGGAAUCAAAUGGACUCUGUCUGGGUGGAGCUGGAUGCCAAAUUCAAGAAUCAAACUUGCGGCCUGUGUGGAGACUUCAAUGAAAUCAAGCUUUCUGAUGAGUUUGUCCAGUCAGAGGUUUCCAUAAGUCCUGAAGAAUAUGCGAUGAACUGGAAAGUUGAUAGUCCCACUGAAACUUGCAAAGUGGUUUCUUCCCAGGCUAACAACAAUUGUUCAGAUGGGAACAAACGCUGCAAGAAGUUGCUGUCAGGACCUGAAUUUAAAAGCUGUCGCAAACUAAUUGACUCUGAGUCCUUCAUGAAAGCCUGUGUGGAAGACUUCUGUUACUGCAACAGCAACAGCAGUUCAUGCUUAUGUUCGACUGUGUCUGAGUACGCCCGACAGUGCGCCCAUGCAGGUGGACAGCCAAAGCAGUGGAAGACAAAACAAUUGUGUGAAAAAACAUGCCCUUUCAACAUGGAGUAUAAGGAGUGUGGUAGUCCCUGCAUUGAUACCUGCAAAUACCGGCAGAAAAGUCAGCUGUGUGAUGAGCACUGCAUCGACGGAUGCUUCUGUCCUGCUGGUACAAUCCUUGAUGAUAUCUCAGAAAGUGGAUGUGUUCCUGUUGAGCAGUGCCCGUGUUUCCACGAAGGCGAGACGUAUAAUACUGGGGAAUCAAUCAUAAUGCCCUGUAAAAACUGCACCUGUUCAAAGGGUGAGUGGAGCUGUAUAGAUGCAAACUGUCCUGCUGUCUGUUCCAUCAGAGGAGGCUCUCACUUCUCCACCUAUGAUUAUAAGACAUACAAUUUCCAUGGAAAAUGUUCCUAUAUUUUGUCCAAGAUUGAAGACAAUGCUUUUACUGUGCUUGGUGAUUUCGACAAAUGUGAAAGGUCUGAAAAAUCAACUUGUCUGUCUGCCGUCACACUUCUGUAUCAAAAUCACACGAUAAUUGAAGUUAAAGACAAAAAUGAAGUCUCAUAUAACCAACGGGUCUUUGAACUUCCUUUUUUCCUGGAUGACAUUAAAAUCUUCCGUCCUUCUACAUUCUUUACCAUAAUCCACACAAACUUUGGGCUUGAUCUCGAGAUUCAGGUCGUACCAAUUAUGCAGCUCUACAUCAGAGCCGAUGUCUCAUUGAAGAGUAAAGUUAUGGGUCUUUGUGGAGAUUUCAAUGAUAACUCAGCAGAUGACUUCAAAACUACAAGUGGACUUCCUGAAAGAACACCAGAGGCAUUUGCCAACACAUGGCGAACCAAAUUAAAUUGUCCAGAUGUGAAAAAUGACCUUGCAGACCCCUGCACUUUAAGCAUUGACAAGAACACAUAUGCAAAAACCUGGUGCUCCCUCCUGACAGACACAACAGGGAUUUUUUCACAUUGCCAUUCUAAAAUAGACCCAGAAGAGUACUAUGCUACUUGCCUUUAUGACACUUGUGCCUGUGAAAACAGCGAGGAGUGCAUGUGUGCCACCUUGUCCUCAUAUGUCCAUGCAUGUGCUGCUGAAGGUGUAUCCCUGAAAGGCUGGAGAACAGAUGUUUGCAACAAAUACACAACAUGCCCUUCGACAUUUGUGUACAAUUACAAAAUGACACACUGCGGUCGAACUUGCCGCUCUCUGAGUCAGUCGGACGUGACUUGCAAGGUUAAGGUUACCCCCGUUGACGGCUGUGGUUGUGCUAAAGGAUCUUUUCUAAAUGAGAAAGGAGUUUGUGUGUCAGCUUCAGAGUGCUCCUGUUAUGCAGGAAACAAAGUGAUACAACCUAGGGAGAAGGCCGAUGUCCAAGGACAAACAUGCACCUGCCACGCUGGAAAAUUAAGUUGUAAAGGAGAGCCAGUAGCUGAGACAUGCACCAGUCCCAUGGUUUUCUUCGAUUGCUCCAACUCCAAAGCACACUUAAAGGAAAAGGGGUCAGAGUGCCAGAGGAGCUGCGUCACAAUGGACUCUGAAUGUGUGAGUUCACAGUGCGUCUCAGGGUGUGUGUGUCCUGAUGGCCUGCUAUCAAAUGGGAAAGGAGGGUGUGUAAAGGAGGAAGACUGUCCUUGCCCCCAUGAUGGAAAAUACUAUAACCCAGAAGAAAAAAUCAAAGUGGACUGUAAUACAUGCACAUGCAAAAACAGGAAAUGGGAAUGCACAGAAAAUGACUGUGGUGCGACCUGCACCAUAUAUGGAGAGGGGCAUUAUACUACUUUUGAUAAAAAGAAAUUUGUCUUUAAGGGGGAUUGUGGCUACAUCUUCUCUCAGGAUUAUUGUGGAGACGAUGUGAAUGGUACCUUCAGGGUCCGGACCGAAAACAUCCCAUGUAUUGAAAGUGGAAGCAUUUGCUCCACCAGUAUUAAACUCUACUUGGGGAGGAAAGAAAUUGUUCUGUCAGACGAAAGUGUCAAAGUUAUCAGUCAAAGCAACGGGAUUGACAUACCUUUUAAAGUCCACACUAUGGGUAUAUAUGUCGUCAUUGAGGCAAAUAAUGGCCUUCUUCUAAUCUGGAAUAAGAAAACAACAAUCAUGAUCAAACUCAGCUCCACAUUCAAGGGCAAAGUUUGUGGCCUGUGUGGAAAUUAUGAUGGGGCUAUCAAGAAUGAUUUCACUACCAGAAGCAACGCAGUUGUAGUUAAUCCAACAGAGUUUGGAAACAGUUGGAAACUGUCAUCCUCCUGCUCAGAUGUAAACACCACACUGAACCCGUGUGCUCUGUACUCUAACAGACGUGCAUGGGCAGAGAAACACUGCAGCAUUAUCAAAAGUGAAGUGUUUUCUGCCUGCCAUGGCAAGGUGGAGCCAGAACAGUACUAUGAGGCUUGUGUGGCAGAUACGUGUGCCUGCAACACGGGAGGAGAUUGUGAGUGUUUCUGCUCAGCUGUAGGAGCAUAUGCAGAAGCAUGUAAUGAGGCUGGAGCCUGCGUGAAGUGGAGAACCCCCACCAUAUGCCCUCUGUUCUGUGACUAUUACAACCCUGAUGGAGAGUGUGAGUGGCACUACGCUCCAUGUGGAAAACCAUGCAUGAAGACAUGUAGGAAUCCUUCAGGGAAAUGUUACAAUAAACUUCCACCACUGGAAGGGUGUUAUCCAUCAUGCCCGUGGGAGCAGCCUUAUUUUGAUGAAGUUAGCAUGAAGUGUGUGUCUGAGAAAGAGUGCGGCUGCUAUGAUGAAGACGGAAACCAUUAUAAAGAUGGAGAGUCAAUACCUGCAAGUGAAAAUUGUCACAAGUGUUCUUGCUCUUCAACACAGCCGAGAUGUAUUUAUGAUGUGAAUGCUUGUACCUGUGUCUACAUGAAUAACACCUACAAAUAUGACACUACAGUCUAUGAAACACAUGAUGGAGAUGGAACCUGCAUCUCUGUUGUUUGUGGACCAAAUGGAACCAUUAUAGGAAAAAUGGUACCAUGUAUACAUACACCAACAGCACCUUUUACAUUUACUACGACUGCAAGUACUACAGAGCAGCCUGUAACUACAACUAAACCUGUUCCUACAGUCACAACUCAGGCAGUAACAUCAAUUCUGACUUUUUCAACUACAAGAGUUUCCACAAGUUCUAAAACUACAAUGGUGUCUUUGUCAUCGUUAAAUCCAUCUUCAACAACGUCUACAGUCACUGAAAGCCCCACAACUGAAAUAGUAUCAACCACAAUACCUUACAUAAAAACAACUAGCACUGAAAAACCCACAACUACAAACAUAAUUACACAAAAAUCUACUACACCUUAUACAGCAACCACAAUCAAAUUUACAAAAGUCUCCACAACACCUUACACAGAGACUCCUACUACAACAAUAGAGACUGAAAAAUCCACAGUCACAACAGCUCAAAUUGAAAGUACUACUACCAAUCCCGAAACAUCUACUACAACACCCAGUGACUGCUAUAUUUGCAAAUGGUCAAAUUGGAUUAACAAUGACUAUCCUGGACACAAUAGAGAUGGAGAUUAUGAAACAUUAGAAAAGAUUUCUGAUCCAGAUUUGAGUGUUUGUAGAAAACCACUAGAAAUUCAGUGUCGAGCCAAUUUUUUUAAAGAUGUGCCUUUAGAAGAUUUAAAUCAAAAUGUAACCUGCAGCCCUACAGAUGGACUAAUCUGUCGUAAUAAGGAUCAGACACCUCCAAAAUGUUAUGAUUAUGAAAUUCGGGUAAAAUGUUGCACUUACAUAUGUGGGACUAGCACAACAACAAUUCAUACAGGAAAAACUACCCCAACAAUAGAGACUGAAAAAUCCACACCAAUAAUUACAUCAAAACCUACAACACCUCAUAUAGAAACUACAACUACUGGCACUCAAACAUCUGAAACUACAAACAUAAUUACAGAAACAGUCUCCACAACAACAAUUCAUGCAAAAACAACUACCCCAACAAUAGAGACUGAAAAAUCCACAGUCACAACAGCUCAAAUUGAAAGUACUACUACCAAUCCCGAAAUAUCUACUACAGCACCCAGUGACUGCUAUAUUUGCAAAUGGUCAAAUUGGAUUAACAAUGACUAUCCUGGACACAAUAGAGAUGGAGAUUAUGAAACAUUAGAAAAGAUUUCUGAUCCAGAUUUGAGUGUUUGUACAAAACCACUAGAAAUUCAGUGUCGAGCCAAUUUUUUUAAAGAUGUGCCUUUAGAAGAUUUAAAUCAAAAUGUAACCUGCAGCCCUACAGAUGGACUAAUCUGUCGUAAUAAGGAUCAGACACCUCCAAAAUGUUAUGAUUAUGAAAUUCGGGUAAAAUGUUGCACUUACAUAUGUGGGACUAGCACAACAACAAUUCAUACAGGAAAAACUACCCCAACAAUAGAGACUGAAAAAUCCACACCAAUAAUUACUUCAAAACCUACAACUCCUCAUACAGAAACUACAACUACUGGCACUCAAACAUCUGAAACUACAAACAUAAUUACAGAAACAGUCUCCACAACAACAAUUCAUGCAAAAACAACUACCCCAACAAUAGAGACUGAAAAAUCCACAGUCACAACAGCUCAAAUUGAAAGUACUACUACCAAUCCCGAAAUAUCUACUACAGCACCCAGUGACUGCUAUAUUUGCAAAUGGUCAAAUUGGAUUAACAAUGACUAUCCUGGACACAAUAGAGAUGGAGAUUAUGAAACAUUAGAAAAGAUUUCUGAUCCAGAUUUGAGUGUUUGUAGAAAACCACUAGAAAUUCAGUGUCGAGCCAAUUUUUUUAAAGAUGUGCCUUUAGAAGAUUUAAAUCAAAAUGUAACCUGCAGCCCUACAGAUGGACUAAUCUGUCGUAAUAAGGAUCAGACACCUCCAAAAUGUUAUGAUUAUGAAAUUCGGGUAAAAUGUUGCACUUACAUAUGUGGGACUAGCACAACAACAAUUCAUACAGGAAAAACUACCCCAACAAUAGAGACUGAAAAAUCCACACCAAUAAUUACAUCAAAACCUACAACACCUCAUAUAGAAACUACAACUACUGGCACUCAAACAUCUGAAACUACAAACAUAAUUACAGGAACAGUCUCCACAACAACAAUUAAUGUAGAAACAACUACCCCAACAAUAGAGACUGAAAAAUCCACACCAAUAAUUACAUCAAAACCUACAACUCCUCAUACAGAAACUACAACUACUGGCACUCAAACAUCUGAAACUACAAACAUAAUU